GGCACAAAGGAGUCGAGUACAAGGAGUGUUUCACAGGGAGAACAGACAUCACAAAAGGGCUGAUUUUAUUCAUUUAUUAUUAUUUUUUUGUAAAAAAAAAACAUCCGAAUAUAAAUCCCAUUUCGCUCUUGGGAGGAAAGCGAGCGUGGAAGCGCGUGUAUUCCUUCUCUCCUCGCACCUGCCAGGAGAGACGCAGCGCCUCGGCUCACAGUCGCACUGGGUUUUUUUAAGAAGAAUCCGAUUCGCAUUGGAAGCCGGAAUCGACUGGACUGGUUUUCUUUUGAAACUGUGUCUCCCAAACGCCGGGGCUGGAUAUCCACUCGAGACGAGACGGACUGGACCGGACUGGUUACACCUCCACGAAAUGGACACGAGUUUGACUGGGACUGACGCCGUUGAGAUUAGAACCGUGAACUGGACUGGAAGCAGCUUCUUAUUGAAUACCAACACACUGCAGCCUCGCACCUGCACGCUCUCCUCCUCCUGUCCUCCUCUCAUUUUGAGGAGGGACACGAAUGGCAGUCUCUAAAAAACACCCUGCCUUCCGUCUCUGCACAGAGACAGACACACUGCCAUAGAGACAGAGACAGACACACUGCCACAGAGACAAAGAGACAGACACACUGCCAUAGAGACAGACAGACAGACAGACACACAGACACAGAGAGAGAUUCACAGUGUCACACACAGUCACGUUUUGAAGUCAAAACAAAAUCUUUUGAAUGAAAAAAAAUAUAUAAAUUUUUGUUGCGGUUUGUAAAAAGUAUAUUUAAAACAAAGCCAGAACAGAACAGAACCUCACACAGAGUAAUGUCCUGUACGUCUAAGACUGACAAAAACAGCACCAUCACUCACAGUGGAGUCUCGAAUCAGCACCCUCACAGUGGAGUCUCGAAUCAGCACCCUCACAGUGGAGUCUCGAAUCAGCACCCUCACAGUGGAGUCUUGAAUCAGCACCCUAACAGUGGAGUCUCGAAUCAGCACCCUCACAGUGGAGUCUCGAAUCAGCACCCUCACAGUGGAGUCUUGAAUCAGCACCCUCACAGUGGAGUCUCGAAUCAGCACCCUCACAGUGGAGUCUUGAAUCAGCACCCUCACAGUGGAGUCUCGAAUCAGCACCCUCACAGUGGAGUCUCGAAUCAGCACCCUCACAGUGGAGUCUCGAAUCAGCACCCUCACAGUGGAGUCUCGAAUCAGCACCCUCACAGUGGAGUCUCGAAUCAGCACCCUCACAGUGGAGUCUCGAAUCAGCACCCUCACAGUGGAGUCUCGAAUCAGCACCCUCACAGUGGAGUCUCGAAUCAGCACCCUCACAGUGGAGUCUUGAAUCAGCACCCUAACAGUGGAGUCUCGAAUCAGCACCCUCACAGUGGAGUCUCGAAUCAGCACCCUCACAGUGGAGUCUCGAAUCAGCACCCUCACACACAUCUCUCUUAGUUACAUCUCAUUUCUUUCAUUCUGGAAUCGGCUAAAAUCAAACAACGGCUUUUCAGAAAGGAGACGAUAUUUUGCAGGUUUUUUUUAAGAAGAGCAUUUUCUGAGGAAUAUAAAAAUUACCAAAAAAUAAUUAGCAAAAAAUAAUACUCUUUUGACAGUUUUUUAAAUAUGUACUAAUUAAUAAAUUAUAUUAGAAAAAUACACUGAUAGAGAGACAGAGGGAUAGACAUACAGAGAGACAGAGAGAAUUUUGCAGGUAAAGCUACAUUAUUUAGUUUUAUUGGGGAAAAUAAUUUUCUACCAAAUAUCCAAAAGCCAUUUUUACAGAAGUUGAAUAAGAAUAAUAAUAAUAAUAAUAAUAAUAAUAAUAAUAAUAAUAAUAAUAAUAAUAAUAAUAAUAUUUUAUCCAAUUUAAACUACAAACACAAUUAUUUUUUCAAUCUUUCUGAAUAAUUAAAAAAAAUUCGAAAAAACUUCCAAUUUACAAAAAACAUAUAUAAAUAUAAAUAUAUCUUUUUAAAUUUCAGGAUUCAGGAAAGCGGGUUUAAGUUUUUCUAUGUAAUAAAAAAAAAAACUCAACGAAGAUACUGCUGCUAAACUCGAGAACGAAAAAUAAAAACCUAACUGCAAACUCAAAACAGUGUUUUGUUUUUUCCACUGAAUUCUCUGAAUUGUUUUGAGAAAACAAACAGGUUUUUUAAAAAAGGGCAUUUCAACAAACGCACUGAUAUCAGGAUCUGUGAGAGAAGUGGAGUCUGUCUCGCUUCAAACACUUUGACUUGCACAGACAGACAGAGAGACUGCCAUAGAGACAGACAGACAGACAUACAGACAUAGAAAGACACAGAGAGAGACAGACAGACAGACAGACUGCCAUAAAGACACAGAGACAGACACACUGCCAUAGAUACAGAUCGACAGACAAACAGACAGAGAGACAAACACACUGCCAUAGAGAGAGGGGGAGGAUUUUAUUAUUUGAUUUUUGAGUUUUAGUUUUUAAAAUACUUUUAAAUCAGGAGAAGCCGUUCUGCUGGAUUUGACAAUUUGAUUCCGUCGACUGUGGAGGAGUUCCCGUGGGACUGUCACAUCCACUCUGUGAAGAAAACGCUCUGGAGAGGAGAGAAUGCUGCACGAGAAUUAAAACAGCUUUUUUUUUCAUUGUGGAAAAGUACAACGAAAUAUUUUAAAAUGAAUUGAAAAGGUUUUAAAAGGGAGAGAACGACCAGAGCUUUGACAGAAACACGAGAGAGACGUGGAAAUAAACAAGAGCGAGUCCAAAAGAAACAGCAAAGAACCUGUGAAGAGUGUAAACACCUGUGAGACACUCUGAGACACUCAGAGACACUCAGAGACAUUCAGAGACACUCUGAGACACUCAGAGACACUCAGAGACACUCUGAGACAUUCAGAGACAUUCAGAGACACUCAGAGACACUCAGAGACAUUCAGAGACACUCAGAGACAUUCAGAGACACUCUGAGACAUUCAGAGAAGCUCGGAGACACUCUGAGACAUUCAGAGAAACUCGCAGACACUCAGAGACAUUCAGAGACACUCGGAGACAUUCAGAGACACUCAGAGACACUCUGAGACACUCUGAGACACUCAGAGACAUUCAGAGAAGCUCGGAGACACUCUGAGACAUUCAGAGAAACUCGCAGACACUCAGAGACAUUCAGAGACACUCAGAGACAUUCAGAGACACUCAGAGACACUCAGAGACAUUCAGAGACUCUGAGACACUCAGAGACAUUCAGAGAAACUCGGGACACUCUGAGACGUUCAGAGAAACUCAGAGACACUCUGAGACACUGAUACAUUCCGAGACAUUCUGAGACAUUCAGAGACAUUCUGGGACACUCAGUGACACUGGUAUCAAUUAACUUUGAAAUGUAAUACCAGCAUUGAAAUGGACUAAAAACGACUUUGAAAUAUAUAUUUUAAAAGCAUGGGAACAUUCUGAGCAACCUUGAGAUCUUCUGAACAACUUUAACAUUUUUAAACAACUUAAAAAAAACAACUCUGGAAUAGUCUGGGGAAGAAGAACGACUUGGAAAUAUAGAAAGGGACUUUGAAAUCUUUGAAAGGGCAACGACCUUGAAACAUAAAAGCAAAGCAUUGUAAUAUUCGGAACAGCUUGGAAAUAUUAUUUGAAAUUGUCAAAACGACAUUGAAAUCCUUAAGACACCUUUGGAAUCUUAAAAAACACUUUGAACCAUUCGGAAUGGCUUUGAACUACAAAACAAUCAUCAGAACGUUUUAAAGAGAUUUGGAAUCUCCAAAACAACACUGGAAUAUUGUAAACAACAUUGGAAUGUUCUAAACAACAUUGGAAUGUUCUAAACAACAUUGGAAUCUCCUGAAGCUGCACUCAGCAGUGAACUCAAGUAACCCUGCAUUGCAAUAAUCUUCCAGCAGCUUCUAACUCUUUUGUGAACGACAAAGCUGAUUGAAGCCCCUGUGCUCCUACAGUCACCCAGCACCUGAAUCCUUAACUUUAACAACAAUCUAAACCAACCCACAAUGCACCGCUCCCUGACCCUGCUCCUGGGGGCGGUCCUUACUGCGGUGGCAGCGGUUGCCGGGGCGACCACCGAUCAGCCUGCCAAUCACAGGCCUGACUCCUCCCCCCCGCUCCUCAGGGGGUGGGGCCAGCUGUCGCCCAAGAGAGCCCCGAAGCAGGCAGAGACUCAGGACGGGGCGCCCCAGAGGGGACAGCCGCUGCCCCAGAGGAUGCCCCCCCCAAAAAACAACACCCUGGGGGCGCUGGUGCCCCCGCCCCGCACCGCGCCCGCCCAGGGGCCCGUCCCGCGCUGGGGGGGGGACUUGUGCCGGGGGUACUACGACGUGAUGGGGCAGUACGACCACACCUUCAACUGCUCCACCAGCACCUUCCUGUACUGCUGCGGAACCUGCCACUACCGCUUCUGCUGUGAGCACCGCGGCAACCGGCUGGACCAGGGCGCCUGCAACAACUACGACAGCCCGGAGUGGGCACACACACCCCCCCCGACCCCCGCCCCGCCCGGGGGGCACCGCCCCGACCCCGACUUCAACGCACUCAAGGGCCAGAACAACAGCACGCUCUACAUCGUCGGGGGAGUCAUCCUCGCCACCCUCGCCGUGGCCGUCGGGGCCAAACUGGCUUUUCACAAAGCGUCCCGGAAUCCCAGAGACAGAGACAUCAACGUACCCCGAGCUCUGGUUGAUAUUCUUCGUCAUCAGUCUGCUUCAGUCCAGCAUGGUGAGCGGAACAACAGCACUGUACUGGGAUCCAACACUGACACUGGGAGCAGCCGACCACCCAAGAACUUAUAUACUCCAGUGCUGCCGAGCAAAGACAAUCGCAUUGGAAAUCUUCAUCACAACUUCAUUCAUGUUUCAGGAUCGAGUCCAAAACACAGCGGCACCAUGGAGCGAUUGCCUCGUAUGAACAAUGCUCAGCUUGCCAGCUCCGGGACCCUCCUCUCCAGCAAACACAACAACACAGGGGGGGGAGGUGGGGGGGGCUUCGCCUCCUCCGUCCAUCCCUCCUUCUCUCACUCCUUCCACAACCUGGCUCAGCUCCCCCCAUCCUACGAGAGCGCCGUGAAACCGGAGAUCAACAGAUACUGCUCCCUAAAGAGACUGGAGAAGGAUCUUGAUGAUUCCUCUGGUUAUUACACCUCGAAGCGUCGCAGUGGGAACUCGAACGCGUCCCCCUCGUUCCACUCCUCUCAGCACCACCUGUAUUACGGGGGAGGGGGAGGGGGGGAGUACACGCUGGGGGGGCGCGGGACCCUCCCCCUGCACGCCAUGCGCCCGCGGCUCAGCAUGACCCCCAACCCCUACCCUGCCCCCCAGCCUGGGUAUGAGCCGCUGGACUCCAAGCCCCCACGCAGGGUGAUGUCACAGGACCAGCUGCUGGUGUUCGGAGAGGGGACCCAACUGAACCCCCUGAACAACCCGCAGAGCACACUCUCCAACAGGAGUGGCACUCUGGGUCACCACCAGAAGAACCAGCCCCUGCAGCCCCUCCAUCUCUACCAGCUGCAGCAGCACCAGCAGGAGCGUGCAGCCUCCGCUCAGUACCAGAAGCACUCCAACCCGGGUCCCUACCCGCCUCAGACCCUGGUGCGGCUGCGCUCCCCGGACCGGGGCACCCUGCCCCGGCUCAGCCCAGCUCAGAAGGCCCAGUCCCAGCAGAACGUGUGCGCCACGCCCUCGCUGGACCGACACCACAUGAUCAAGAUGAACUCGCACCCCACGGCCGGGCGGGAGCGGGGGGAGGGGCCAGGGCAGGGGGGCGGAGCCGGGGCCUGGGACACCUUGGGGGGCGGGGCCGGGGGAGGGACCCUGGGGGGCCACAGCGCACGCAGAAUGGCAUUCGCUGCCAAGAGACAGAACACCAUCGAACAGCUUCACUUCAUACCAGGCGGGGGCAACCAGGGGGGGGGCAACGGCGGGGGGCAGCAGCUGAGGACGGGGAGUAAGAACGAGGUGACUGUGUGAGAGGGAGGAAGGGAGGGAGGGGGAGAGAGUGAGGAUCGGGAAGAUUUUUUCAGCCAUAUUUCAGUGCCAUAUUGAAGGCAGGCGAGAGGAGAGAGAGAUGGGAGGAGAGGUUAGGGUUAGGGAGAGGGGAGGAGGAGAGAUGUAUACAGAGUGUGUACAAAAUGAUCAGUUGUAAAACGUUUUAGCUAUAAGGCAGUAUUACAGAGAGAGAGAGAGCAAGGGGAGAGAGGAGAGAGGGGGAGGAGGGAGGAGAGAAGAGAGGGGAAGGGAGAGAGAUGACUUUUCAGCCAUAAUUUAGUGCCAUAUUAAAGUAAAAGAAGAGCAGGAGAGAGAGAGCAAGGAAGGAGAAACAGAGAAGGAGGAGAGAGGGGGUGAGAGAGGAGAAACAGAGAAGGAGGAGAGAGGGAGCAAGGGAGGAGAAACAGAGAAGGAGGAGAGAGGGAGCGAGGGAGGAGAAACAGAGAAGGAGGAGAGGGAGCGAGGGAGGAGAAACAGAGAAGGAGGAGAGAGGGAGCGAGGGAGGAGAAACAGAAGGAGGAGAGAGGUUUAAAGGGAGAGUGCUCUCAGUUUCUCUGCCGAAAUGAAUAAAAAAACGAGUAUCUUUUGUAUGAAAAAUGAAUCAAAUUGAGCUUUGAGAUUUUUUGGUUUUCCUGUACAGUGGAUUUUAAUAUCAAUGUUCGUACAUGCAUUUGUAUCGGGG